AAACCUUUUAGCAUCAUCACUACCACUGUACUACCACCCAUGUCAAAGGUAGGAGAAAAUAAUUCUGCAUGGUCUUUGUCGGGAAAAACAGCUCUAGUUACCGGUGGAAGUCGAGGAAUUGGCCGUGCAAUUGUGGUGGAGCUAGCUCAACUUGGUGCCACAGUCCACACCUUUUCGAGAAAAGAAGCAGAUCUGAAUGAAUGCUUGCAAGAAUGGUCCUCCAAGGGAUUCAAAGUGACUGGUUCAGUCUGCGAUGCAUCUUCAAGAGAGCAAAGAACACAGCUCAUCGAAAAGGUCUCUUCCAUCUUCAAUGGGAAGCUCAACAUCGUUGUAAACAACGUUGGAACAACCAAAAUGAAGCCAGCUGAAGAGUUUACCUUGGAAGAAUAUGACAUGAUCAUGUCUACAAAUCUUGAAUCUUCUUUCCACUUUUCCCAACUCGCUUAUCCUCUCCUAAAAGCCACUGGGAUUGGAAACAUCGUCUUCAUUUCUUCUAUUGCUGGCUUGGUCAGUGUAGAAGGUGCAUCUGUUUAUGCAGCAACAAAAGGUGCAAUGAAUCAACUCACCAGGAAUUUGGCUUGUGAAUGGGCUAAAGAUAACAUUCGCGUAAAUUGCCUUGCACCUGGGGCUAUUAAAACCCCAUUAACGGAAUCUGUGCAGGAUUAUGAUGAAAAAUUGAAGAAAAUGGAUGCAAGAACCCCAAUGAAUCGAGCUGGAGAACCAGAAGAGGUUUCAUCCCUCGUUGCUUUCCUUUGUCUGCCAGCCGCUUCCUACAUAACCGGACAGGUUAUAGCUGUCGAUGGAGGACUGACUGCAAAUGGAAUCCAGUGGAAUUAAUCAUUAAAGGCUCUAUCUUGCUACUGAUGCAAUAGUUCACCAAGAUCUAGUGUUUAAUCUAUACGUAUUUUGUUGUAAAAGGAAGGUAUGUGCUCGGUUUUUAUAGUAAGAAAUUGAGAAUUGACUCGUAUGAAUUCUCAAUUGGUCUACUCUGCACCACUGCUAUAUUGCACAAGUAUGUAAUUGUGACUAUUCUAAUAGUAUCUCUAGCUAAUUUGCCUA